CGUGAUUGCUGAAGUCUCCGUGUAUGUCGCAUCUAGUCUUGUCGAUCAGGCGCUGGAAUAUGAGCUCUUAUAUGAUUCCUUGGCCAACAAUCAACAAUCGAAUCUUUGAUUAGGUAGCUUGAGAAUAUGAUGACACACGGCCGACAUCAUGGCAGCGUACGACCUCUCUUCAGACCCUAUCUUCGCAGGAUAUUUCCUUGGAAUCCCGCGGAGAAGAUGGUAGGACUACGAGCGGCUGGGCUUAGUCAUGUCGCACUUGCGCGACGACACUUCUCGAUAGCGUCUUCGCAACAUGGAGGUGGCGCACAUCACUCGCUUCUGUGCUUCGUUGGCGCGCCAGCAUCGGGCAAAGGAAGUUAUACGAAGCUCGCAGUUGAAGUUCUGCAGCGGAUUUUGGCUAAAUCGGAAAAGGGUGGCUCCGGUUCUGCGAAAUCGGGAAAGUCCUCUCAUGGACAUCAAAACAGGACUCAGCUGCAGGACCAAGGCGAAGCUACGCAGGCAGGAAGAAGAAGGAGCGUGGAGGAUUCUCAAGGGCUAACAAGGCAGGGAAUCCAAGUGCAAAAAGUGGUUGCUUCGGAUUUGAUAAAAGCGGAGAUCAAAACCCACAGCGCAGUUGGGCAAAAGAUGGCUCCGUUCAUGGAGAAGCAUCUGCAUGUGCCUUCCGAACUCAUCGUCGAUUGCUUCUUGAAAUAUCUCGAAGAUGUUGGUGUUUUGGACAAGAUCAAGGACGAUGUUUAUUCCAGUGCUGGUGGAGACGGGUCUUCGAUUAUUAGUUGCGGACCUAGUUCCCCUUCGAGUUCGGCGUUGUCUAGGAGAUCCAAACUCGCAUCCGAUACAGAUGGUGCUGUCCGUAUGAAGAUUUUGCUUGACGGAUUCCCGCGAUCAGUCGAGCAAGCGGAGACAUUUCUACGUGCUCUGAGACAAAGAAAUCUUCAUUACUCGGCUAACUCCGGGCUGCUUGACUUGAACUGCUUGCAUUUGAAAUUGAAACGGGAGUGGGCGCGCUCAAAAGCGGUCGGCCGCUUGGUGUGCUCUAACUGCGACUUUCCUUACAACGACGCGGCGGUGCAAAUCUCAGACACGCAGGUCUGGGAAACAGACUUUCCCGAAAAACCAAAGUGCGGAGGCAAGGCUGGUUGUACUUAUCCUUAUUCCCUCACACGCAGAGAUAGCGCUGCCGUCUUUGACCAGCGCUACGACAUCUACCUGGAAAAGGAACACCCUGUCGUCGAAUUUUUUGCCGCCAGAAAACUAUCCGAUGAAAUCAGCAAUACGAACAGUGGUAUCAUACGAUCAAGCCGAUUUCGGUCCUUAGAGAUGCGUGGCGGCUACCGCACAAUGGCAGAUGAAGUGUUAGCACAGGUGGUGGACUUGCUUGACGUGGGUCACGACGUGGAUUUGGUCCAAGUGCAGCGUGAAGCACACAACGUCCUCGACGAAUGGGAACAAGGGUCCUAA